CAAAACUGUGACGAAGGGUUAAGGGUAACGUGACUACUCCGCUCGUCCAUCGACACACCUCAACUUUCCUCAGGGGAACGUUCGCCUGUUGAAGUUGAACGCAAGAAGGACACGCUCCUAACGAGAGCACGCACCGUUAGCUGCCAUACAGCUAACAAGCUAAUAGCUUCUCUUUUUGGAGGUUUUUCCGCUCACUUCCGUUGUCCUCGUGUCAACAGGGACGUCAGCUGCAGCUUUUCUCAUCAACAUUGGCUUGUUUCAACCGAACUCAGCGACCUCUCUUACACCGGACGAACACACGCACAUGACUAAAGGGGAUGGAGAAAGCUAAACAAGAUGCCUUCGACAGUGCCCGACUUCAGGUGAUCAAAGAUGGCUACGAGAGGGCCUUCGAGUGCAUCAACAAGGGGCUGACAGUAGACGAGGCUGGCGACAAGGCGCAGGCCCUGGAGCUCUACAAGCGAGGGCGACAGCACCUCCUCCGGGCCAUCAGUGUGCCGUCGCAGGGGGAGGAGUGUGUGGGCAGCUCCUGGGAAUCCGCCAGGCAGAUGCAGCAGAAGAUGCAGGAGACGCUGAACAACAUCACCACUCGCCUGGCCAUCCUGGAGACCAGCUGUGACCCUGGAUCCGCGCCCCUGCUGAGCACUGCCAGUGUGUCCGAGCCCACUGCCACCGGCAUGUCUGCAGGAUGUAUCUACCCAAAACUCCCCAUCAAAGAAAAGCCAGGGAGGCCAGCUUCACCGAACCAGCUCUCUGCUAAUGGCCGGGCAGCAGGAGCUGCAGGAGGCGUGCCUGCCUGCAGUGGUGACGGCCUGCCUCUUUCACCCACCAGGCAGCCUGUGGCUCCAGCCGAACAGCCCCCAGCGUACUCUCCCCAGGCGGCUGAUGGCCAUCUCUCUAUUUCAUAUGGGACAGAUUCAGGAGAGAUGUCGCUGGUUGGGGACGAGUUCUACAGUCGCACGUCUAACUCGCCAUCUCCCCAGAGUAUGGGCGAGGAAGGAGAGGAGCUGCUCUACAUCCCCCAUGGUGUGCAGAUAUUCUUUGUCACACCUGAGGGUCAAGUGAGCGCUCCGUCAUACCCCGGUUUCCUGCGGCUGGUGAAGUUUACGAGCGAGACCCCUGACAGUAUGCCCAACCGACCACCAGCAUUUCUGCAGGUUUGCGACUGGCUGUACCCACUCAUGGCCAUGGCCUCUCCAGUGCUGCUGUGUAACACUGGUGUGUUUAUGUUUCCGGACAUGAUGGCACCAGCUCCAGGCUAUUAUGUUGGGGUUGUGUUGUCCUCUGAGCUGCCUGCUGCGAACAGAGAACUGUUCCAGGACCUACUGUCCCAGAUGACAGAUCUCAGGGUUCAGGCUCCAGAUGAAGCAGCAGACACCAUCAAUCUCAGUCAGAAAGUGUCCAUCGCCACACCCGAGGAGACUGCACCAGAACCGACCGAGGAGGAUAACGCUCUGCCCGAGUGGAGUGAAAAGGUGGCAAAUGGGAUCCUGACAGGUGCGUCCUGGUUAAGCUGGGGUCUGGUGAAAGGGGCAGAGUUCACAGGCAAGGCCAUUCACAAAGGGGCAUCUAAACUCAGAGAGCACAUUACUCCAGAGGACAAACCCACCCAUGUCAGCCCCACGGUCACCAAAGGCCUCCAUGUGGCCAAGCAAGCGACGGGGGGAGCUGUCAAAGUCAGCCAGUUUCUAGUGGACGGGGUGUGUGCUGUCGCUGGCUGUGUGGGUCGGGAGUUGGCUCCACACGUGAAAAAACACGGAGGGAAGCUGAUCCCAGAGUCUAUGAAGAAAGACAAGGAUGGGCGUUCCAACAUAGAUGGAGCGAUGGUGGUGGCUGCCAGUGGAGUGCAAGGAUUUGCAACCAUGUGGACUGGUUUGGAAGUGGCAGCAAAGAACAUUACUUCAAAUGUAGCAUCCGAGACGGUCACCACUGUGAAACACAAAUACGGAGCCGCAGCAGGACAGGCCACAGACAGCGCUGUCAAUUCUGCCAUUAAUGUCGGUCUCACUGCCUUCAACAUCGACAACCUGGGGAUCAAAGCGGUGGUGAAAAAGACUGGAAAGCAAACGGCAAAGGCAAUUCUGGACGACUACAAGCUUCAGGAAAAACCAGAGAAUGGGAAGCAGGUGGAGAAACUGGACAAGUAGCCAACAGUGCCCUGUCUCGUUCACUCAGUAACGCCUUAAAAAUAAUUUCUAUCAAAUAAAUCUAUAUUUAAUAUAAAUGAUUGAUAAAACAUGUUCCGUGUGUACUACUAAUAGUGUUAUAUUCAUAUCCUAGUUUGAUACAGCUCUUAAGCACUUUAAUUUUCAUGUUAAAUAAAGAGACAGAAGAUUAUAUAACCCAAAUAAAAAACAACAAUCUAUACAGUUUAUUUAUACACAAUAUAACAUUCAGGUAUUAUCACUUAACGUGGAAGAGAAUCGCUUUACUCUGCUGUUUGUAUCAAGAAUGUGCUGAAUGGUUUUUGAAUAGCCACUGUAAUCUUUCAUAAUGUUUAAGGUGCGUUUGAGUCUUUCCCUGGUAGGGUACGUGCAAUUUAUAUAUUUUGAAUGAAUGAUGGAACUUGUUGUCUAUAUGUGAUUAUAUAAGGUUUUGACACUCAGACAGAAUGUUGUUUUUCCCUGGGGUGUUCAAGAUGAGAAGUAAUCCAUGCUGCUGACUAUGCCUGCGAAUACCUAACGAUCUGCAAAAAUGUAUAUUUUGUGUAAACAAAGUUGUCUAUUACAUAUUUUUGUUUGAUUUUGAAUAGUAGCAGGAGAGCUUUUGCUCUCUAAAGCUGCUAAACGGUCGUGUUCUGCUACAGUCUCCAGUGCUUUCUUGUACAUUUCAGUUCACUUAUAUCCACAUAUUUUCUAAUUAAUAAUGUUUGUAGUAUAAAGAUUCAUUUUGGUUUUAAUGUAUGGACAAAAUAUUUAACCAAAUGUGAAUUUUCAAGUGUGAUGCUAACUUAUUCUAAACCAGAAAGAUAUUUUUGUUGAGUGAAGUGAUCUGAUUUGUCUUUUUUCAAACGCCAGCUUUAAAUCCUUGAGCAGGAUAUUGUAACAUUCCGAUGGCUUCCAAGUAGUUUUUACAUUGACUUUUUGUUACCACCUGAAAUAAUCUGAAAAAUAUCUGGGGGAAAAAACGUUUUUGUUUUUUUUCCUAAUUUAUUCAAGAUUUGGGAGUAAUUUAUGAAUAAAGGUCAGGAGAAAAAUACCAUUUACAUUUUUUUGCUAUAGCAACUCUUAAAUUGUGGCCAAAGGCUGCCACCUAUUGGCUGUUUGUUUUACAAAAUGUUAAGUAUCAGAAUAUUAUAUUAAACUGAAAGUUUAUUCUGUAUAUUCCCUUUUUCUUGAACGAAGGACAUCGGUAGAAAAAAUUUACUAUACAAAUUAUUUCAUAUAUUUUUUUAUGUUAGGGUUGGGAGUAACCACUCUACAACUGUCAAGUAAAUCCAGAUUGUUAAAUAUUUGGAAUGAGUGAAAGUUUCUGGAAAUUAAGAUAUUCAAGAAAACCUUUGAUUCAACUGCAGGGAGAGAAAAACAACAGUCCUCCAUAAGUUGCAGGUGGCUAAAAAUCACUCCAAAACCCUAAAUGUAACUGGUUUGUUCUAUUCAUUGUACAUCGAAAUGCACAGCAUAACAAAACAAAUGUUCUGCUUAACAAUAAAAAAUCAAUACAGUUGGAAA